UAAUAACUGCUCGGUUACUUUAAUGGGAAUUAGCGCCCAGUAAUAGCAAAGAAUUAUGGGAAUUGUAGUAUAAUCCAUGUAGCUAUUCACACACGUGUUUUGGCUGCAUGCAAACAUGGCAUUCAGUUUUAACUUCGAUAUUCCAUUAAAGACAGAAGAAACCACUGAUAAAGAAACCAUAGACGGCGAGGCAAAAGAUGUAGUGACUAAAUGCUCGGAAGCCAGCACAACAGUCCCAAAGAAACUGAAGGACGCGAUUGAGCAUAAACCUUUGCUGGAUCCACUGUCACAUCUUGAGAACUGGGUGUCUGAAACCAUCACCAUUGGUGCACUACCGCCCUUGUUAUGUCUCAAUGAAUCCGUGUUUGAGAAGACUGCAUCUGAACGAGAAGACAGUGAAGAGAUACUGGCCAAGACACGGACUGAAAACUCUGACCUCAUCACCGGAGUCUAUGAGGGUGGACUUAAGAUAUGGGAAUGCACUUAUGAUCUUCUUGAGUACAUUGAUGAUGAGGGAGAGACCUUUUCUGGAAAAAGAGUGUUGGACUUGGGUUGUGGAGCAGGGAUACUUGGCAUACUAGCAUUAAAGAGGGGAGCCAGGAAAGUUGACUUUCAGGAUUAUAACAGCACAGUGAUAGAGCAGCUGACAAUACCAAAUGUGUUCCUUAAUUGUGAAGAUGAUAGUGAUGAUGAAGAGACAGGAGAGAAGAAUGGCAGCCCACCACCUAAGAAGAAAGCACAGACAUCACUAAUAGACUGUUGUGGCUUCUUCUCAGGGGACUGGAACUCUUUUCUCACACUUUUGCAAAAGAAAAAUCCUUCACCGAAAUAUGAUAUUAUAUUCACAUCUGAAACCAUAUACAACACAGACUACUACUCAUCUCUUCACAGUGUGUUUUGUGACCUGCUUGCUGAGAAUGGCACUGUUUAUUUGGCAACCAAGUCUCACUAUUUUGGAGUAGGGGGUGGCCUUAAUUUGUUUGAGAAGUUUGUUGAGCAAAAUAAUGUUUUUCAAAUGAAACAUUUAAAAGAUGUAGAACAGGGUCUGAAAAGACAUAUUGUGUCAUUGACAUUUAAAAAGUAAACAUUGUGAUCUACUUGUAGGGCAUUGGUGUCAGUUUGCAGUCCUGAAAGGCCAUCGUCUCAAACACUGGACAUUCAGUUUGAUGAAGGGCCUUCAUUUGGCAAUGACAUGAAAGAAGUUUAGCAAAAUCCUCAUUCAUAGUACAUUAAACACUUUGUUUAUAGCUUUACAGAGGAUUUUCAUUAGGGUUUAGGGUCUAACUUUCAUAAAAUCAAGAUAAACUGCAACAUGCAAUGUUCAAUCUGUAAUAUAAAGUACACUGUAUUUACUUAAAGCACUUCACAACUAUCAUAAAAUAAAGUGAAUGUGACAGUA